AUUGAAAUGUAUGCUUGUGCAAAGUUGGUCUCCACGCCUGCACUGGUCCGUGCUGGAUCCAGGGCCCUGCUGUGCAGACCCUUCUCUGCCUCCGUGCUCUCCAGACCACAUGCCAGAGCAGGAGAGGCUAGCAUAGCCCUUGUUCCAAAGAGCCCCAUGUCCCUGGGUGCACUGCGGAGCUUCCAGACUAGCUCGGUGAGCCGGGAUAUCAACACCGCCGCCAAAUUCAUUGGUGCUGGAGCUGCCACCGUGGGAGUGGCAGGAUCUGGAGCUGGAAUCGGGACUGUGUUCGGCAGCCUCAUCAUGGGUUAUGCCAGGAACCCCUCUCUGAAACAGCAGCUCUUCUCCUAUGCUAUCCUGGGGUUCGCCCUGUCUGAGGCCAUAGGUCUGUUCUGUCUGAUGGUGGCUUUCCUCAUCCUGUUCGCCAUGUAAAGUCCCCUCCACCGUCCUCCCCCGUUCUGUGUUGGUGUCAUGACUGUACAUUUUCCAAAUUUUUGUUGAAGGUUGACAAUAUGAAAACAAACAUGUAUUGUAAAAAUGUAACCAAUUACAGAAUUAAAAUACAUGUAUUUUACUAUUUAAA